AUGUCUGGCGAUGACCACCCCCGUCAGAGGUUGAACAAUGAAUUACAGAAGAUUUAUGGUCCCUCUACAAAAGACCAUAUCAAGUGGGAUAUCAAUUCGCGAGGCCCUGCCAAUGCUUCAACAUGGCAUGCGAGAGUCUACAUUAAUGAUAUGGAAUACGGCUACGGUGAAUCCAACAAUAAAAGUGGGGCUCAAGACAAGGCUGCGGCCAAGGCAUAUGAUUCCCUGAUGCUUGAAAAGUCCUCUUCAGACAUAUAG